AUGGAGCAAACUUUCUCAUUGGCUGAACAAUUCCAUGUUUCUUCUACAAAAAUAAGGAUCAAGAAGUUCAAAGAUUAUUACAAUUUGUAUUUCGACAAGGUCACAUCACAAACUAUAAAGUUUGAAAAAAUUCCCGUCUCGUGGAAUCUGACUUUAUUUUCGACACCAGUUAAAUCAGAAUCAUUCUACGAUUCGCUAGCUACGAAAUUUUACUAUCAAUUGGACAUCAAGGAUACAGACCGAACCAGAAGUGGCAUGAGAUUUUAUCGCAGUGAAAUUAUAAUUGAUUCCUCUGAAUCGGGAGCAAUGAAGCAAAAUCAUCGGCUUUUUAAGCCAAAAAAUCUAGAUGGAUUUAAGAAAGUCAAUGGCAUUUAUAGAUUUGAUGGAUUUUUGGAGUUCCAAAAUGAUUCUUAUAACAAUGGUGGCGAUUUGGUGCUUGAUGUUAAAGUCACUGCUAAGGAUGUCGAAGAAUUUUUGGCACUUAAAUGA